UGGCAUUGAUAUUGAAAAUAUGACUGAUCAUACCAGGGGCGGACUGACAACUCAUUUGGGCCCCCGGGCAAUAGGGGAUCAUGGGGCCCCUGUGUCCUCACCCACACACAAACCACACCCAAAAUAGCCUAUGAAAGGUACCAGGGGCAUCUCAUGGGGCCCCCUACUGACCCUGGGCCCUCGGGCAGUGCCCGAGUUUCCAAAUGGUCAGUCCGCCCCUGCUCUGCAAGCUCCUUAACCACUUGCCAAGUUCUGGGAGGACAUCAUAUGAUGUCCUCCAAGAACGCGCCCUCCCGCGUGCCCCCAUUGGUGCGCACCUGG